CUGUGUUCGGGUCCAAAUCGAGCUGAGCUAAACAUCAUGAGUGUGGGCGUAAUGUUCCUGGUGGGCGUGGCAGCUGCGGUGGCGCAGGUUGGUCCCGUUGAUCCCGAGGGAGAGGUUUCUCUCCCAGAAGCGAAGUUCGCUCUCUUCAAUCAGACAUCUGAGGUCAACAUCGAUCCCCAAGAACUCAUUACGACUCUCCAAAUCCUCCUCUGCGACGGGCCAGUGGACCUCCUGGAACUUGCCACAAGUCUGUUCAACGGUGGAGCCGACCCGGAGACCCUCUUGGAAAUUGCCAAUGGUCUGCUCGCCACUGGAAUGCAGCCCGUGGAUAUUGCCCUAUAUCUGCUCUGUGGUGGAUCCGAGCCAGCGGGUCCUCUGGACAUUUUUACGAAUGCUUUGCAAAUGUUGGGUCUGAUGCGCAACGGAACCAGGCUUUCCCCCAAGGAAGCCCCCGCCAGGACCUGAACUCCUGGGACUUCCACUGCAGACUAACAGGAGUUUCGGGAAAACUACAGAACAGCUGAAGACUACGGAGAGUGAGCUUCACUGCUUUGUGUAGUCUCCUGUAGCUGGGAAAUAUAUAGUUCUGGAUUUGCAUCAUCUUGUUCUGUUUUAUUUUUUCUUUCCUUUUCUAUCGAUAACUUUUUUACUGUGUCUCGAGUUUGAAACUGUUGCCUUCGUUUGAUGUUUCAGCAGCUUCAGCUAUAAUGCUCUUAAUACGAAAGACCGUGCCA